AUGGUACUUCUGUGUCCCCAAUUAGGUAUAGUUGUUGGUCAAAAACGUUCAUAUAUCCUCACAACUAUAGCAACGACACUAUUUGGCUCAGUGCUAUGGUCUAAAAACAAUGUUCUUGCUUCCAAAAUGGAAAACGGAGAGUUGCAUUAUAAUGAUCCUAAUGCAAAACUCAAGACAUUGUUAGAAUCCAAACAGGAUGGAGCAUUUCUGAGACGCAAACCCGAGUAUCCAGGCCAUGUUCCGUUGUAUAAGUUUGAAAAAUUACUAAUGUUUCUUGGCUCGUCGAUGGGAGCCUUCUUCCACCCUGAAAAAAACAAGUAUAUUGUUGCUUUAGGUGAAAGUACUGCAAUUGAGCCAGUGUUGAAGAGGUUGCAAAAGACGAUGUUGAGUGACCCCAUAGGUCGACAGAUUCUUUAUGAUAGACCACGCAUGACUUCUACUUCUUUAGAUUUGGAUCAUUUAAGAGAGUUGCCAGAUAACACUAUUGGUAGAAACUAUGUCAAUUGGUUGGAUCGUGAGGGAGUGAGUCCCGACACCAGAGUUCCUGUGAAAUAUAUAGAUAAUGAAGAGUUGGCAUAUAUUUUCCAAAGAUAUAGAGAAUGUCACGAUUUUUAUCAUGCAAUUACCGGGUUGCCAAUUAUUAUCGAGGGAGAAAUAAGUGUUAAAGUUUUGGAAUUUAUGAAUAUUGGUAUACCAAUGAGCGGAUUGGGUGCUUUAUUUGCACCUACACGAUUGAAGCCAAGUCAAAGGAAAAGACUACGCGAAGUAUACUAUCCUUGGGCUAUAAGGAGCGGGCUCUAUAGCAAGCCAUUGAUUAAUGUUUAUUGGGAGAGAAUUUUGGACAAGGAUAUCCAUGAGUUCAGAAAGGAAAUGGGUAUUGAACCUCCUCCGGAUUUGAGAGAUAUGAGGAAAGAACAUUUUGCAAAAAAGAGAAAAGAGAAGGAACUAAAAGCGGCAGCAGCAGCGUCAACAACCGCGGCUACGCCCGCAUCUGGUACUACCACUGCUGGGUCAUCUCCUGUUGCCAACGCAUGA